AUGACACCAGAAGAACACCUCGCACUCGCAAACAUCAACCCGGAGCUGGAAGAGAUUUCCAAGAAUUCCCCGCCUGCGCCGCGACCCGAUUUCAAUGUCGACAUUCCCACAAUGAGAGCCGGACUCCUUGCGCAAAAGCGAAAGCUCACCGAAUCCCAGAGCACGGGGGAGGUGAACUACAUAGAGGAAGACCGGCAGAUACCUGUCCGAGAUGGAACGUCCAUAGCCGUCCGAAUACACAAGCCAAAAGUUCCGCCGAAGGAUGGACGCCCUAUAUUCGUAGUAUACCAUGGUGGAGGGUUCAUGCUCGGGGGCCUCGACUCGGAAGUAGCGCUCUGCAGGAAGUUUACAGGAUUGGGAGGUAUUGCUGUCAAUGUUGACUACCGAAUGGCACCCGAGAACCCUUUUCCUACACCAAUAAAUGACGCCUAUGAUGCUUUGAAAUGGACUGCGGCGAAUUUUGAGGAGCUAGGUGGAAAUCCGAAGAAAGGGUUCUUGGCUGGCGGGAUCAGUGCUGGAGCGAACUUUGGAGCCGUGGUAUCGCAUCUCUACCGCGAUGACAAGUUAUCGCCUCCAUUAACGGGGGCCUAUCUUUCCAUUCCGCCUUGCAUUGCACCAGAUCUCGUGCCAGCAAAAUAUAAGGAUGUUUAUUUGAGUCGAGAGCAAAACAAGGAGGCUCCAAGAUUGAACAAGGACAGUAUGGACUUUUUUAACAAAAUGUACAAUGCAGAUCCGAACUCCCCAUUAGCGGCACCGUCCCUCUUCGAGACGCACAGAGGCCUUCCACCGACAUACUUCCAAAUCUGCGGUUUGGACCCUCUACGCGACGAAGCUAUCAUCUACGAAGACAUUUUAAAGGAAGAAGGGGUUAAGACAAAAGUUGAUUUCUACCCUGGUCUCCCUCAUGCUUUCUGGUCAUGGUUGCCGGAGGCAGGUUUCAGCAAGAAGUACCAGGAGGACUGUACCAGGGCACUAAAAUGGCUUCUAGAGCUGAGCUAG